AUCAGUGGUAAAUUAAGCAGCUUGGCCCUCUUUACCCAGCAAAAGCAUUAGAUAUGAUGAAGACAGAAUGAGACCUCUUCUUCGCAAAGCCAAAUCCAGCGCGACGCUGCGGCAAGAUCGCCCGCCGUCACCCCCUCCGCCGCUACCGGGCUUCGUCACAGAGACCGUACCUCCUCCACCAUAUCAACAAUCACAGAAUCAUCUAUCACCAAAUAAUCACCGCGAACAACCUGAGCUUCGUCGCGCACGUAGCUCGUCGGCGCUAGACAUACCGCCGCUGCCGCCCCGGCCCACGACCGCGUCUGGGUCUGCCUCACGCGAGGCAUCGCCAUUUCGCAAAGCCCUGGAUGAUGCACAAUACUUUGCAUCAGGCCUCAUCACAAAGCCCUAUGUAACCUCCAAACACUUUAGCAUUGUUCGCCACUCCAGCGCCGUCAUCUGGUACCGCGGCCCAACUACUUCCAUCGCCAUCACCAUCUUCUCAUCAACACCGGUACCUCCAGGGCGGACACUAUGGCUGCAGCAACGAGGACAUUCUGGAAACAUGGGUAUGGCUCUCAAAGCCAUGGUAGGCAACAAGUCGUCCUGGAUAGACGUGACGCCGGUCCGAGAAACCGCCGCAUCGAACAUUGAUGCUGCUGAUGAGAGGGCCUACCAGCGAGAUAUACGCCGCGUCCUGGCCAAGGUCAGCAACCACCAUUCGCGCGAGACACAUAUCCUCCGCAUCCCGUCCUCUUGUCAGGACGGUUAUUUCCGCCUCGUUCUCUGUCACGAUACCAAAGUCCUCUGCGGCAGCCCCGUGUUCCGUCUCGCCAGCACCUCGUCCGACAUGUCCUCGCUGCGCGGCGCCAGCAUCACCACGGCGCCAUUGGAAAUGGGGGUCAAAGUCGCAAGCACAAUUGGACAGCAGACGAUCCGCAAGUACACCGGCGUGGCAGGGCUCGUCGUGGGCAAGGCCAUGGGAAACAAAGGCAAGCUCGUGAGCAAGAUGGCCUUUGGAAGCGCCGGCGAAGUCCUCACGGAAAGCCGCCGCGCGCGCUACGAGCGACUUCUAGGAGAAAACAUGCUGGCAGACAGACUCCUCAUCAUUGGGUCUCCCGAAGGCCCAGAGGGACCGUAUCCAAUCUACUUUUCAGGACAGGUCCAGCUCGGUACAGGCCAGACGCUCAACGGCGCGGGCUACCCAACCGCCAACGUACACGCUAUCCCGGCGCACAUAGCUCAAUUGGACGGAGUCUACGCAGCUUGGAUAAGUAUCGACCCAGACGAAUGGGUCGAAGGUGUGGUGAGCAUGCUACCCACGACGACUUCCCGUACAGGCGUCGUGUCUAACAACUACGCCGCCACCCACAUCCUUCGGGACCUCGACGGCAUCAGCCUCGUGGGGACCAAGAUCCGCAUCGCACUCAUGGGAUGCAUACGAGCAAGCAGCUACUCUGGCGAACCGACUGACUUGGCCGCUCAGCACGCGCAAGACGUAUCCGCCACACUCACUACUCUCGCACUGCCCGCGUGGUCGGCAUCCGCCGCGCUCUCCAAGAUCAAAGAGGCCAAGCGAGCCCGGACAUUCACCGACCGCGUCGCUGAGACAGCAGACAGAGUGCCAUUACAUUGGGCCGGCGUGCGUAGCCAGAGCGCGCUGGUCCAAGAAGCCAGUAUGGGCGUGGGAGGCGUCUACAUUGUUCGAUAGAUGGAAUGAACAUGCGUUGUGGCGUGCGGCAGAUCCGGGGAAAGAAAGUACCAGUACAAAGGGAAACUAGAAACACUAGACGAAAGAUAUCAUUCCCUUUUUUCCCUUUCUUGUCUUGGUUGUCAAAGAGCGGUCAAAUCGGUGGCGUUGCCUUCAGCGCUCUUGUCCGCUGGUAAGAAGCCCCUCAUGUGACGUUUGGUUCCUGCGAACGACACGCUGCGCCGGCGUUUUUUUUGGACCCUGAUUUUCUGUCACAUCGAGGCUGUUGUGUUCUAGACCGUCUUUUUGUAUUGCUUUUUCGGAUGGCGUCGAAAAAGCCCAUCAUGCACCCCGCCAUGCAGGCAAGGUUCGUGGGGAAGAUCGGACAACAAGCAACGUGCAUGGGGCCCAUGUCGUGCAUAGAUGCGACUACGACAACAAAAUACUACUACUUGAGGAAGAAGAAGAAGGAGGAGACAAAGGAUCACGGAAUUGAAAUUUAAUAGAAUAGAAUAGGAGUAAUCAUCAUAUAUUCCAAUCGUCAUAAAAAGCUACUGAAUCGUAGGUCGAUUCCACUGACUGCCGACUUCUCAACUGAUUAUACACUGAGGAGGGCGGCUGUCUUCUUUUGAAUACCGACGCGCUCUUGCGAAAAAACUAUGCGUCCAAAUAACAGCAAAUUAAAAAGCAACCAAACAAGAAACAGGGGACCACCAUACCGCCAGCCCUCAGCACGGAAGAGACCAUCUCAUUCCCGCCGCCAGGCUUGCGAGCGAUCGCUAAUGCAAAUGCAAGCUUGACCGGUCCAAGAUUCCGAUCGUAAUCGUAAAACAAUAAUCAUAGUCGUGAAAAGAUGAACGAAAUAAAAAAAUAAUAAACGCCAGCGAGAAACGCUCCCAAACGCCGUGCACAGUUCAAUGUGCCUCGAAACAAAAAGUCCUGCGAAUUACAUAUUCGCAAAGAAAGUAGAGAGUUGAAGGAUAAAAAGCACAAGUUGGGUAGAAUUACAACUUUGCUCCGAUGUAGAGGGGACAGCCUAGGAUGGAGAUGAAGGCCAUGCUAAGUAGGAUUUCCGCGGAAGAUGUAUCAGUCAAGAUAUCCUCCUUGGAAGCUGUUUGCCCUGUGUGCGGCUUGAAACACUAGCCCCGGAUCGCAGUCGAGGUAGAACUCUCUCCACGCCAAGUGAAGCUCUCCGAGGCACCGAAUGCUGGUGACUGAGAGCGUGUUGAGCGCGGGGUAGAGCUCUGGCUGCUAGUUUGAGGUGGUGAAAUGCUGCGGGCCAACGUAGCCACAACCGAUGCGUCUUGGGUAAGCGCAGCCUGAACAACCUGCUUCAAGGACUGAGCCUGUGCAUUUGUAAGGCUUUGCAUACCAAUCGCAUCAGCCGCAACAACCUUUGUAGUUGUUGUUGUGGGUGCUACUGGCGGCCUGGCAGUUGGCAGUACUACCGAGUGGCCGACAGGAGGUGCUGUCGGCUUUGAUCCAAACUGUAUAUCCAUCCAUGUUAGCGGCUCCUCCCAAGACAAUCAGUGAGCGGUAGAGGGUAUGGCAAAUGUGGUUAAAGCCGUCUCCUUGACAUCCAUCGUCGGCAGUGAGCGUGUGAUGACGGCAGUGGUGAGAGUGGUGAUAUUGGUGGUGCAAAGUUGCUGUGAGCGGGUUUGAAUUCCAGGGGUACGUACAAAGCAGUAUUUGUUGACUAGCUCCUCAUAUGACGAGCUGGCUAGCGUUGUGUUGGCAGCGGGGGUUACCACUGUGUGGGUGGAAAUCAAAUUGGGCGAUGGACCCAAGCUUGGGCUGCUACCGCGGACGUUCCCCUUCAUAUAGAGAGCGUCCUUGUCCGUUGGAGAAACAUCUUUGGCGGCCUGAACGGCAGCAGUCAAGGAUGCACCAAAGUCGUAGCGGUUAGAAAAGGCGGCGCCGCUUGGCGAUGUCAAGGUCUUAUCAAGGUUGUCACUGGCCAAGCUGUUGAAAGACUUGGUUCUCAAGCGCAAGCCGGUCGAGUCCGACUCGCCAAGAUAUUCGUGCAAUGGCUGGGUGAGCUUAAAGGCAGACUCGUUGCCAAAGUCAUUGAAGGAGGCAGGGAAUGAAACCGGACGAGGCAGGGUGUUUUGGCCCUGUCGGCGGUUGCUGCGGGGCAGACUAUUGAUCGACUUGGAUGAAGCGCCCUGGAAGUUCUUCUUGCCAUUCUGGGGCAGAUGCUUCUUCUGGAAGUCGACCUGGAAGUUUAAGCCGUUGUUGUUGUCCCAGUAUUCCUGGCCGCUGACAGCAUAUCGAACGCAAAAGUAGAGCGUCUUGCAUUCCAGGUUGGCGGUAUCAGCCAGCUGGAUGGUAAAUGUAAACCUGUCGUGGCCAUUGGCGGUUUCCUUGGGCAAAAUGGCUUGGCUAUACUCAGCCGCCACCUCCGACGUUGUUUUCCAGUCAUCCAGCGUAAAGCGGCAAACAACGGUUUUGUUGAAAGCAAUAUUUGCGACAGCAACAGAGCCCAUCAUGGACUUUUGAUCUUUGGAGAGCCACACCUUCUCGAGGCGAGCGGGAAGAGAUCUGCGAAUAGGGUUGUUGUCGCGGGGGAAGUUGGUGGUAGCAAGCUCCCAUUCAAAUGGGGGCGCACGGGGCUGUCCAGCCUUCUUAUCGCCAGAGGGGAAAGGAUAUUCUGUAUCGCUAUCAUAGGCUUCGACUGGUGAGGAGCCUGCACUAACGGCAAGAGGUCUAUCAACCUGCAGGAAAUGACGGACGUGUUCCAGGUGCGAGUCAAAGUGCACAGCCUUGGAGAAAACGGGAGUUCCAGGCAUGCUUAGCGGGCGGCGGUGGUUUGCAGAUCGCAGAGCCGGGCGGACCAAUUCUCCGGACUUCUUUCGGACCAUGUGAGGCUUGUACUUGAGAUCCUCUUCAGAUUCCGAAGAUGCCAUGGCGGAGUUCUCGGCGGAGAGCGAGACAGUUGGUUCCGUAGAUGAGCGAGUAUGUCUGCGGGAUGUCAAGUCCGAGAGAGCGCUUGUGCUGAAGCUUGUCUUCAUGGCAGACUUGAGAGGUCUAGAUGUAUCUUCCUGGACUACCGAGGAUGCGGUGGUGUGCUCUGGCGAGCCUGACUUGCCUUGUGGGAUUUGGCUAACAGCUACUCGCAGGCUCUUAAUAUUUUGAUCCUUGGCAGCGGCUGACUUUGCCGAAGGCUCCUCGUCAUCGCUGCCAGAUGCUGCCGACUCGGGGGGUGAGAUCACAGCGCCCGAAGGCAUAACACGGCCAUCUGUUACUGGAGGGGGCGAUUGGCGGACUGUGGCUCCUAGCGCGAUGGCUAGGUUCUCGGUUACACCCGCGAGGUUGUCUGUGCUCGAUCCAUUUAGCGAAUUUGCGGACGGCGUCCGUCUGUGCUUGUUCAGGUAAGAUGCUGAGUGAGGAAGGGAUGUAGUUGAUCCAUGUUGAAAGGAGCCUCGGCGGCUGACGUCGGGGGACGUGGAAACCGAGGAGGCCGGCGACCGGUGUGAGGGUGGUGUAUAAGGCAUCCCCAAUUGGCUGGUCGAUGUGUGAUGUGUGGUAUAUUUCCUAGGUAGGCGCUGGCGGGGUGGAGGCGAGCGCGGCUUCGAAGGGAUAUCGAGAGUGUGAUUAAUACAUAGGUGAUGUGUAGGUAGAGAGAAGAGGAUUAGGGGUAUUAGGGAUAUGAAUCUGCGAAAGGACUCUAUGAAGCGACUGACCGAGCAAUAUUCCAGCAAAUCGGACAAUUCAAUUCGAGAGAGUGUAUCCAGCAAAGACGAGAGGAUCGGCUGAUUCGAAGCGAGCAACAGGUCGAGGGGCUGCCGGGGGGGGGAGACCGGCGUCGACUGUGUGUAAGCGUAGGUGGUGAUGUUGUGGUGAUCCGCGUCGUCCGAAGCUGACAAACCAAGCCGGGC